GCCCUAAAAGAAACGCAUCAAAAACAAAAACAGCAACAUCAUGAUCUUUGUUGGUGGCGAAGUAGAAUUGAAUCGAUAGAGAUACCACAAUCGAAUGUUCCGUUUGUGAUCGAAACUCUGUUUUCCGAUCACUGCCUCAAAUCCAAAUUUGUUUUAAUUGUAGCUUUCUGUUUAGUCAAGUGGUGAAAUUUUAAUUUAGGUUUCAACUCCAUAAAGCCAUGAGUUUUGUAUUCCGAGGAACAAGAGCGGACAUAGAAAAUGGAUUUCCAGGAUUUAUGCCUGAGCGACGUGCAUUGCGUGUUCAUCCAGCACGUCCUAGUAAUUCCAAUUCACUCACUUUCCUCGUCACAGUUCUCUUGUUGUUCAUGAUACUUAACUCGCACCAGAUGUCACCAAAUUUUCUGCUCUGGUUGGUGCUUGGUGUUUUCUUAAUGGCUACAAUGUUGAGGAUGUAUGCAACAUGUCAACAGCUUCAAGCACAGGCUCAAGCUCAUGCAGCAGCAGCUAGUGGGCUUUUAGGCCACACUGAGCUGCGGUUGCAUAUGCCACCAUCAAUUGCCCUUGCCACCAGAGGACGCCUACAAGGCCUCAGACUUCAACUUGCACUUCUUGAUCGGGAGUUUGAUGAGCUAGAUUAUGAAACACUAAGGGCUCUUGAUUCUGAUAAUGUUCCUACUGCACCUUCCAUGACCGAGGAAGAGAUAAAUGCACUUCCUGUACACAAAUACAAGGUUUCUGGUCCACAAAACAGUGGCACUGGUUCCUCAAUGCAACAGGGGUCUUCUUCCACUCCUGCGGAGAAGAAGCAAGACAAUUCAAAUGUAGCUGGAAGCAUGAAAGCCUCUGAUGAUGAGCUGACUUGCAGUGUAUGUUUGGAGCAAGUUAACAUUGGGGAUGUACUUCGUAGCUUGCCCUGCUUGCAUCAGUUUCAUGCGAAUUGCAUUGAUCCCUGGCUGCGACAACAAGGAACAUGCCCCGUCUGCAAAUUCAGAGCGGGAUCUGGGUGGAAUGAAAGUGGAGCUAAUGAUAUUGCAGAUAUGGUUUGAUGUCCUACUCUAAUUUUUUUUUGUGAAUGAGGUUCUGAUUGUUUUAAACAGCUGUAACUAACGUGAAUGCAUCAAAACAAGUGGCUUUAUGACUAGUAGUUUUGUAAUUACAAUAGUAGGGAUUUGAGGGUUAGCAUGUAACAACUAUAGAAUAUGAAUCUUAUGCUUGCCACUGAAAUUACCAAGUUUCUUGGCCUGCUUUUGUACA